AUGAGACCAGAAAAUCAAACUGUUGUGACAGAAUUCAUCCUAAUCGGAUUUUCCAAUUUUCCACAUCUGCAGAUGGUGCUAUUUGUUGUGUUUUCCCUCAUGUACAUAGUCACCCUGGCUGGAAAUAUUAUCAUCAUGACAAUCAUCAGGGUUGAUAAGAGUCUCCACAUCCCCAUGUACUUCUUCCUCGCUAUUCUCUCCUUUUCAGAGACCUGCUACACCUUGGUUAUUGUCCCCAGCAUGCUGACAAAUUUGCUAAUAGAACAUAAGACAAUUUCUUUCAUGGGAUGUGCUAUCCAGAUGUGUUUCUUCCUUGGUUUUGGAGGCACCAAUUGCAUACUGCUGGCAGUGAUGGGAUAUGAUUGCUAUGUGGCCAUAUGUAAACCCUUGCAUUACCAUAUCCUUAUGAAGCAGACAUUUUGCACCAAGAUGGUGGCCUUUUCAGCAAUAACCAGUUUUCUUUUUGCCUUGAUAGAAACGUCUUUUAUAUUUAAGUUGCCUUUUUGUAGGGCAAACCAGAUCCACCACUUCUUUUGUGACAUGGCCCCAGUGAUUAAAUUGGCUUGCACCAGGAAUUAUAUUGUUGAAAUUAUCAUUUUUAUCUUUUGCAUGUUAGCUAUAUUUCUAUCAUUCAUUUUGAUCCUGUUCUCUUAUAUGCUAAUCUUUAACACAAUCCUUAAGAUCCCUUCUGCUGAGGGGAAGCAGAAGGCCUUCUCCACCUGUGCCUCCCACCUCAUUGUGGUGGUCGUACACUUUGGCUGUGCUUCCAUUGUCUAUUUAAGGCCCAAAUCCACGUACUCCCUCGAGAAAGAUACUCUGAUUUCUGUGACUUACACAGUGGUGACUCUGUUACUGAACCCCAUUGUGUAUAGCCUGAGAAAUAAAGAUGUUUAA